CUGUCACAAAUGCUUUCAAACUUACAUUCAUUGGUUCUUGCACACCUGAAACUGAAAACUAUUGCAUUGCAAUUGAGAAUUAGCAGACUGUUAAAGUUCUUUUUAACAAUUUGCAUAACCGGGGCGUCUUACGCCAUCUCUCUGAAAUGAAAUUCGGAUAUAGACAGCCUUGCGUUUAAGGGCCUGCGCUCUUGCAGCAGCGCCUCUGCCCAACGGGGGGCGGCAGUAUCUCAGUAACUCCUAAAUGGUGUAGGUGGGAGAGAUUCGCGUUCAAUAUCUUUUUGCCUCUACACGCUUUCCGUAGCGCCUUAGCCCGCUCGAGUUUCAAGGCGCGUUGUUGCUUAACGAAGCUGAGUGCUACACAUCGUCCGCUGCUCUCCUGAUCAUGGCUUCUCCGAGUUCUUUCACCUACUAUUGCCCUCCAUCUUCCUCCUCUCUCUGGUCAGAACCGCUGUACAGUCUGAGGCCGGAGCACGCGCGAGAGCGGUUGCAGGACGACUCGGUAGAAACAGUCACGUCCAUAGAACAGGCAAAAGUAGAAGAAAAGAUCCAGGAGGUCUUCAGUUCUUACAAGUUCAACCACCUUGUACCAAGGUGCCACAAAGUGAAGUGUCCUUUAUUCACUGAUUAUUGUUUGAGCAAGGGUGCCCUCCUCCCCUUUGCCAGGCUGCUGGGAGUGCGACAGAUAUGGCCUUGGCAGCAGUGUCUUGGAGUGAUUGUGAAUAAGGGCUGUUUUCUCUCCUGUCUCUCCCAGUGUCUGGAUGCCAGCCGCCCAUGGCUCUGCUAUUGGAUUCUGCACAGCUUGGAGCUGCUUGAUGAACCCAUCCCCCAGAUAGUGGCUACAGAUGUGUGUCAGUUCCUGGAGCUAUGUCAGAGCCCAGAAGGCGGCUUUGGAGGUGGCCCUGGUCAGUAUCCACACCUCGCACCCACAUAUGCAGCAGUCAAUGCGCUGUGCAUCAUUGGCACCGAGGAGGCCUAUGACGUCAUUAACAGAGAGAAGCUUCUUCAGUAUUUGUACUCCCUGAAGCAACCUGAUGGCUCCUUUCUCAUGCAUGUUGGAGGUGAGGUGGACGUGAGAAGCGCAUACUGUGCCGCCUCCGUAGCCUCUCUGACCAACAUCAUCACUCCAGACCUCUUUGAGGGCACUGCGGAAUGGAUAGCAAGGUGUCAGAACUGGGAAGGCGGCAUUGGUGGGGUACCAGGGAUGGAAGCACACGGUGGCUAUACCUUCUGUGGCCUGGCUGCGCUGGUAAUCCUCAAGAAGGAACGUUUCCUGAACUUGAAGAGCUUAUUACAAUGGGUGACAAGCCGGCAGAUGCGAUUUGAAGGAGGAUUCCAGGGCCGCUGCAACAAGCUGGUGGAUGGCUGCUACUCCUUCUGGCAGGCGGGGCUCCUGCCCCUGCUCCACCGUGCACUGCACGCCCAAGGUGACCCUGCCCUUAGCAUGAGCCACUGGAUGUUCCAUCAGCAGGCCCUGCAGGAGUAUAUCCUGAUGUGCUGCCAGUGCCCUGCUGGGGGGCUUCUGGAUAAACCUGGCAAGUCGCGUGAUUUCUACCACACCUGCUACUGCCUGAGCGGCCUGUCCAUAGCCCAGCACUUCGGCAGCGGAGCCAUGUUACAUGAUGUGGUCCUGGGUGUGCCUGAAAACGCUCUGCAGCCCACUCACCCAGUGUACAACAUCGGACCAGACAAGGUGAUCCAGGCCACUACAUACUUCCUGCAGAAGCCAGUCCCAGGUUUUGAGGAGCUUAAGGAUGAGACAUCGGCAGAGCCUGCAAGUGACUAGACGACCUGGGUCCCUGCAGCUCUGUGCUCACUCAUCUCCCCAGUCAGACAAGGUUUAUACGUUUUGAUACAUAAUACGUCCCGUGCUACACAAGCCUUAGCCACAUUGGAGCUGUGGUUCUCUUUGUCGUUUCUUGUCAAACACAAACAAAACAAAACCAAUGGCUCUGCGUUUGGAGAACACAGUGGCUGGUUUUAAAAAUUCUUUCCACACCUGUCAAACCAAAAAUUUGUCAGCCCAUGUGGUGUGGUUGAACAGUGCACGCUGGGAGGAAGCAGCCCCUCCCUACCAGCUCUCCAGCCAGGAUGAUCACACAGAGAUGAAUGGCAUCUGAGCGUUAUGGCAUCCAGUGCCACUGCUGACUCCCACUUGCACGCCACCAUUCAGUCACCAGACUGGGUGCCCUCCCAUGGGUGGAAUAAGUCUGCUCCAGGCUGGGCUUUGGGUCCCACCAAGAUGAGUUCUCUGGAAGACUGUGGUGGGGUUGCACCAGGAGGUGCCUCUGCGUCUUGACUCCCACCCUGCUCAUUUGCAAGGGAAAGGAGCUGGAGAUGGGGGGAGAAAGGUCUCCUUCGGUUAGGAGUCCCUCCCCUUCAACACUGGAGAACUGAGCCUUGCAUCUCUCCAGGGUCCAAGUCCACGCUUGGUGCACAGGUAAGACUUGCUUCAGCCCCAGGUGUGGCGACUUAGACUUGGGAAAUAAUUAUGAGUAGAAAAGGAACCUUGAGUUCAACGUGCCAUAGGAAGCAGCCCUCCAGUGCCCACCCACCUCACUCCUCCCCAUCAUGUGCCGUGAAACCCCCUCUGCUGGCCUCAAGGCAGUGCCUGCAGGCUGAGGCCAUUCUGUGGGUUUCUCUUUCUUCCACCAGACUCCAAGCCCACUCUUCUCCAAGACAGUGUUGUCUUUUCUUACCCAGAGUAUUAACACUACUAAGUCUUUCACCUUAAUUUAUGACUCAGGAUUUAUUCACGUCCUGCUCACUCUAGGCUCACAGGAAUAAAAUCAAGUGCUAGACAGGCUCGCUGCCACUAAGGCACUAGCCUUGGGAGCUGGUGGCGGCAGCAGGGGUUGCCGCCCAGCGUGCUGAGUCCUGGCUGUGCCUCCGCUGUGCUGCACAUUGAGCCCCUUCUCAGUCAGUGGGGUGUUGAGUUGGGUCAUCUGUCCACUGACCUGGCUUUCAUGUAAGCAGCUGUGGGCUGUGGGCAGACAGGAGCUCAGAGAUGCAGCAAUGAGGCUCCUAGAAAAGCCUGGCCAUGUGCUGCCUCUAAUUCCCUUUUGCUUUGACCUAUUGGGCUAUUACCUCCUUGAAAUAAUAAAAGAAUAACAUUUUCUA